CACGCAUUCAAGCGCGGUCGCCGGGACACAGACUGGGAACCAAGAAGCCGCAGACGGAGUUCCUCCCGGAGCCCAAACCACAAAGCGCCGGGCCCUGAGCGCAUGCGCUCAAUACGCGGCCCGCACCCGGCGCAGGCGCAAGCGCCGGAGCGGCAUUCUGUACAUCCGACCUGAUUCUGGGCCCACACAACGUCUGGGAUUGUCGAACAGCGUCCGCCCCGAGUCUUGGCGUCUUCGCUCCUCAAGACCCUGGAAAGCGUCGUCCCUAGUCAGCGGCUGGGCCUGCGCCCCAGUGAGGACCCCUCCAUUCCAUUGCCCCAGGACCUGGGAAGCAGAGUGGCUUUGGCCGUGGUGCAAACCGACCCAGGAACCAGAUGAGCAGAGACAUCUGCGUCCAUACCUGGCCUUGCUCCUACUAUUUAGAACUUGACAAGCGAUGGGUUCCUGGAAAACUUGCAUUAACUUCUCUCUCACUAAAAUUUAUGACUGAUAAAACUGGAGAUGCUCUUGUCAACUUUCCCCUUUCUAGUAUAAUUGAGAUCAAGAAAGAGGCUUCUCAUUUUAUCUUCAGUUCUCUCACCAUCCUGGAAAAGGACCACAUCAAGCACUGGUUCAGUUCCUUGCAGCCUUGUCGGAAUGUCGUCUUCCACAUCAUUGAGCAUUUCUGGAGAGAGUUGCUGCUGUCUCAGCCGGGAGCUGCCGUGGAGGCGUCACCCUCCCCCGUGACCAAGGGAAAGGAGCUAACUGGGCUGAUGGCCUGUUCCCAGAAGCGUCUGGAAGAUGCAGCCAGAGUCCUGCACCACCAGGGCGAGCAGCUGGACAGCAUCGCGAGCGGCCUGGACAAGAUGGAGUCUGACCUGGACGUGGCUGACAGGUUGUUGACAGAACUGGAAUCUCCUUCUUGGUGGCCGCCCUUUAGCUCCAAGCUUUGGAAGAUGCCAUCAGACACAAAGCCCAGGGGAGACUCCUCAGUGGCUAGUUCCAAAGCUCUUGGAAAAGAAGGGGUCGUAAUCAGAGUUCCUGCUGUUAUUUUCCAAAGAACAGACUCACAUGUUAAACCUGGAAUGCUCACCGUCUUUGUUUCUGGGUUAGAAAUCCAUGACUCCAGUUCUUCGCUCAUACACAGAUUUGAAAAAGAAGAUGUGGAUGACAUUAAGGUUCACACACAUUACGAGGUCAGCAUCCGCCAGCGGUUCACUGGGAAGCCAGACAUAGCUUUUCGUUUGAUUUCUGCCAAGAUGCCAGAGGUUAUCCCCAUUUUGGAAAUGCAGUUCAGCAAGAAGAUUGAGUUGUUAGAAGAUGACUUGAUGCUCAGAAGCACUAGAGCCUCUUCCCCAGAAGAGGAGGGCUACUCAGUCAGGCAUGCAGCAUCCAGGCUAAUGGACUGUGCCAGGCACCAAGAGCCCUCAGGGAGCCAGGAAGGCAGGCUGCUUCAGCUGCAGACGAGCAAGCCACUCAUUUCCGAGAGGGACACCCAGGAAUUGAGACAGAUCCUGAGGAAGCUGAAGGGUCUUGCCUUGGAUUCCCAGACGGAGCUGGAGAGACAGGACGAGGCCCUGGACGACAUUGCCACUGCUGUGGACCGGACAACCGUAACCAUUGACAAGCAGAAUCGACGAAUGAAGAAGCUGACCUAGGACAAGAAUGUUUAGAGGUGACUGUUUUUUAUGAGAAUCCCUUCUCUCAGCACGUUGUCCUCAUCCCCUGCUUGCUUCCUUGAGGUGAAGACCAUAGGGCAUCAUUCCCAGGGCCCCAGGAGGCGCACCGCCUCAGGACCAAAGGCUGUUGUGAAGGCCGCAGGCAGCCACUGGGGUCACCAGGCAGGGAGCUGCCGGGGAGCAGCCCCGCCUGCAGAAAGCAAGCAGUGUCCUGUCCCUACCCCACCCCUAGGCCCUCUCGGGCUGCUGGGGAGUCAAGAGGACCCACACGCUCAAACAUGGGGCUGAGCCCCACCAAGCAGUCAUCCAGAGGAUGGGCUUCACCCAGCACUCAGUGACAGCUUCGUAUGGCCCCUCCCAGGUCUCCAGCAUGACAGGUAGCUGCACUUCCUUUCCCAUUCUUGCUAAGCAUAGAAAGAAGGCUUAAGUCUCUGUGAGAGAAGCCUGCUUAUUUCUGACACACUGCCCAGCCUGCAUGGACAAAGGCCCGCCCCGGGGACCACGUGUGGCCUCAGCCUGCUCCUGGGGCCAUUCUGCGCACACCCACGCCUCCACUUGUACCAGCUCUCUGGUGGACAGGCUGGAUUCUUUUUGGUUCUGUUGUAAUUUUCUAACUGAAGCUAGGAGGCUAGUAUACCUUGAGGUCAUCAUAUAAACACCUGAAAUAUAAUUUCACUGCCCAGUUUGUAGCCAAAUGUGAAAAUAGUACUGCACUUGUUUAAAAAGUGUUGCUCUUACGGCCUCAUUUCUAUCCAGAAACAAAAGAAAUGCUAGUGUCAGGAUAUUUUUUGAAGAUACACAUUGCUGCUUUUUGCUUGGUUUUAGGUCUCUGAGAAGGCCCCUCUGGAGGAUGAGGGGAAAGUGAAGUGGGAGACCCUGUUCCCUUCCCACAACAGGCAACCCCCAGACUACUUUGAAAUAGCGUCCCCCUUAGACCUCAGGCGGUGUUACUUUGAGGCACCUUUCCUCCAGCUGCUGGGAAGGCGCCUGUGGGUCCCGCGCUGCACACUUGUGUUCGGGAUCCUGUGGGGGUUAAGGUUGAGUGCACAGGUGCAGUGUUAGAUUUCUGGGCUGCCCUAACAAAGUACCACAAAUAGAGAAAUGCGACAACAGCAAUGUGCUCUCCAGGUCUGGAGCCAGAAGUCCAAGAUCAGGGUGUCGUAGGGCCACACUCCCUCAGAGGCUCCAGGGGACAGUCCUUCCUGCCUCUUCCAGCUGGUGGUGCCCCAGGUGUCCCUGGGCUUGUGGCCACAUCACCCCACCUCUGCCUCCAUCCUCACAUGGCCGGCUCCCCAUGUCUGUGUCUCAGAUCUCCCCUUCUUUUCUCUGUAAGGACUCCUGUCAUUGGAUUCAGGGCCCGCCUAAUCCAGGGUCGUCUCAUCUCCGUCCUUACCUUGAUUACAUGUGCAGAGACCCCACUUUCACAUAAGGCCACGUUCUGAGGUUCCUAGUGGGAGUGGAGUUCAGGUUGCCCAGGUAUGCCUGUCUUAUGGGAGCUGAGCUGCUCCAAGAACACAUGGGAAGUAACUUCCAUGAGGGUCUUCAUGUCCUUUCCUUUCUUUAAUUUGGUAAAUUAAACUCCUGGUCUCUA